UCUGUUAGUUGUGCCCUGCUAAGUGAAUAUGAACUUCUCAUUGCCACCGUUUAUUACCUGAAAUCCUUCUGAUUGACCCAAAAGUUAACUUCAAAGUUUAGUAAAGAAAGUCACUGUGCGGCAAAGCACUGUUAAAACAGCACUUUUUAUUUUUAUUUUUGGGAAAGCUGAUAUCUAUGAUAGUAAUACAUUUUUCUUACAUUAUUUGUUUUAUUUACAGUUCCUUAAAUUAGCUAAUUUCAGAAUCCCACCAUGCUUUUUUCUUGUGCUUGUUGACGGUGUUGCAUGCGUGAUGCUGCCGUCCGGCUGGGUGCAUGUUUGACAGUGGGGGAAAAAAAAAAAAGUUGUGCGUGUGUAGUGAGGCGAUGAUUCGUGGGCAUCCUGUUUCCCUCGCUCCGCUGCUGCCAUGUGAUAGCCAGAGUUGGUUUCCCUGUCCGCGUCAGCUAGACACGCUGCCUCCCCCGCCAAGCAGCGAGAGCUGCAGGGACGGCCGGAUGAAACGGUGCCCCGCUAUCUACAACUCGGUUCAACUGGGGUUGAACGGCCGCCAUGUAAGCCUUUUAGGGGACGGGAGCUGUUGGAUUUCUGCUUUAAGUUACCUUCGCUUUGAUCUCGGAGAUAUCCAGAGAUGUUCAAGAUGAUCCAGGUAAUCUGUUUGACAGUGCUGCUUCCAGAAGUGGUGCUCUGCGCUCAGGGUCACCAUGCCCAGAAGCUCCUGAACGACCUGAUGGAGAACUACUCCAGUGCCCUGCGGCCCGUGGAGGACACAGACAGGGCGCUCAACGUCACCCUGCAGAUCACCCUCUCUCAGAUCAAAGACAUGGAUGAGAGGAACCAGGUGCUGAUUGCCUACCUGUGGAUUAGGCAGACAUGGCACGAUGCCUACCUGAAGUGGAAUAAAGAAGACUACGACGGUCUGGAUGUCAUCCACAUUCCCAGCAGCCUGGUGUGGAGGCCCGACCUCGUCCUCUAUAACAAAGCUGAUGAUGAUUUCUCCGGACCGAUGGACACCAACGUGAGGCUGCGCUACAACGGAGAGAUAACGUGGGACGCUCCUGCCAUCACCAAGAGCUCCUGUGUUGUGGACGUCUCCUAUUUUCCGUUUGACAGCCAGGAAUGUAACCUGACGUUUGGCUCCUGGACGUACAACGGCAACCAGGUAGACAUCAUUAUGGGCAUGGACAGCGGUGACCUCUCAGAUUUUGUGGAAAACGUGGAGUGGGAAUGCCACGGGAUGCCGGCCACCAAGAAUGUGAUCAUGUACGGCUGCUGUUCUGACCCAUACCCAGACAUCACCUACACGGUGCUCCUGCAGCGCCGCUCCUCCUUUUACAUCUUUAACCUCCUCCUUCCGUGCUUCCUGAUCUCCUUCCUGGCUCCUCUGGGCUUCUACCUGCCGGCAGACUCCGGGGAGAAGGUUUCCCUCGGGGUGACGGUUCUCCUGGCUCUCACCGUGUUCCAGCUCAUGGUGGCUGAGAGCAUGCCACCAUCAGAAAGUGUGCCUCUUAUAGGGAAGUACUAUAUUGCCACCAUGACCAUGGUCACAGCCUCCACAGCGCUCACCAUUUUCAUCAUGAACAUUCACUUCUGUGGCGUGGAGGCCAAACCUGUCCCGCACUGGGCAAAAGUGCUCAUCAUCGACUACAUGUCGAAGAUUUUCUUCGUCUACGAAGUGGGCGAGAACUGUGCUUCUGCCCCCUCCUCCUCCUCCUCUUCGUCUUCUCAAUACCUCCAGGAUGACGUUUGCCACCAGCAGGUUAACGCUCACAUUCAUGCAAAUGGAAAACCCAGGGGUCACGGCAGGCAAGAGGACCAGCAGGGCCACAGAUACCCCCGAUCCCAGCCCUCCAGUCAGCAGCAACAGCAGCAGCAGCAGAACAGGAUCAAAGUGCAGCACCACAUCUCAAGAGAAGAGAGCAGCCACCUCUCCAGAUCUGCACCGGGUAGGUAUGAAGGCCCCAACGGUAAGAUCCCAAUGAACGACUGCUUCACGGAAGACCAGAAACCUCCGGGUCCUCCCGAGGACCAGAGGUUUCCAUGCUGCCCCGAGGACAAAAAGCCUCCGCCUCAGGGCCCCGCGGUGACUUUGGGCCCCUGUGUGUUCUGCAGGUUUGGCAGCGGCUUUCCCAACGUGGACACCAAGCUUGUGCGCAACGUGGAGUACAUUGCUAAUUGUUUCAGAGAGCAGAGGGCCACGUGUGCCAAGGGGGCGGAGUGGAAAAAGAUUGCGAAGGUGAUGGAUAGGUUCUUUAUGUGGAUUUUUUUUGUCAUGGUCUUCCUGAUGAGCAUUCUUGUCCUCGGCAAGGCGAAAUGACCGAGCAGCUAGGCUGGAGAUUUGACCCAAUCAACAUUCAAUG